AUGUCAACCCCUUCGAAUCUGCGUCAUACACAGACAGCCCGGCCAACCUCACCUCAUACGCCCCAGCAACCUUCGCGCUCAGGCAAUACCUCCUUCGCCAGUACGACGUCACCGGGGUCAACGUUUCGAAACGAGGAUGAUGCAAUUAUCUUUGAGCUAGGCGCACGAUGGCUACGGGCGGGAUUUGAAGGCAAUGGUACACCUUUCUGUGUGGUGGGAUUCGGUCCUGAGGAAUCAAGGAGAGUGGGGGACUAUCGCGGCUGGAUUCAGGGUGCUGCAGGCAAUGGACCAUUGCCAAAGCCAGUCAAUGCGGAGGACUGGGUACGAGACUAUGAAUUGUGGCAGCCCGACCUUCGCAAGGUUGAUUUGGGCUUGCUGGAGGACAAGAUCGAGCGCCUCUUCCGCGAAACAUACAACCAGUACCUCUUGACGGACGCCGGCUCGUCUCGCCUGGUCCUGACCCUUCCCUCUCUCAUGCCGCAUCCAUUGCUCUCGUCGUUGCUUUCUACAUUAUUCAGCCGCUGGAGGUUUCCUAGCAUCACUCUCCUUCCAAGUGCCACCAUGUCGGCAACCGCUGCGGGAUUACGCUCUGCUUUAGUGGUGGACAUUGGAUGGGCGGAAACUACGGCGACCGGUCUUUACGAGUACAGAGAAAUCACCACAAAGCGGAGUACAAGGGCAAUGAAGUCCACCCAACAAGAACUGGGGCGGCUUCUUUCUCGUCUGGCGUCUGGCGAGGAUCACGAGACGGAGGCCAAAGACGACGGAAUCUCAGUUGGGUUUGCAUAUUGCGAAGAGAUCAUUACUCGAUUCGCUUGGUGCAAGCCGCGCGCAAAUGAUGGAGAACAACGGGAAUUGGAAUUGCCAGCCCACACCGUCCUGAUACCUUCUCCCACCAACCCAGCACAAGACUUUGUUGACGUGCCAUUCUCCCCGCCUGGCAGAGCCCGUUGA